AUGUCAAAGGUUAUGGCGGCAGCAGAAGUGCAGGUCAACCUUCUGUUCUUUGCCAAGAGCCGAGAGCUGGUUGGAUCAAAGGAGGCCACCUUGGCUGUCCCAGGCCAGACUACAUCAGCUCAGCUUCUAGCAGCUAUUGUGUCCAGGUAUCCCAGUCUUGCUGUGAUCUCCAACAACCUGGUGCUGGCUGUCAAUCAAGAAUACGUCGCCCCCGGCAACGACCUCUUGACCCUCCAGCCUGGAGAUGAGGUGGCAGUGAUCCCACCAAUCAGUGGAGGGUGA